CUUUCUUUUCUCAUUUGUGUUCCUUGUUCUCGUUCCACAGGGCCACCAAAGCGAACCAGGCAUGGCGUACGGCGAAGUUGACCAUCGCGGGGUGCACACAACGCAGGAGGGCAAGAGUUUGGGCGUUUUCAUCUGCUGGCUUCUGGGCAACGGAUGCCUCUUCGGGUACAACAGCAUGCUCACCAUCGAAGAUUACUUCGUCCACCUCUUCCCGAACUACCAUCCGGUCAGAGUCAUCACUCUCACCUAUCAGCCGUUCGUGCUCGUGGUAGCUGCGGUGUUCGCGUACCAUGAGGCGAAAGUAAACACCAGGGUGCGCAACUUGGUGGGGUACUCACUCUUCUUCCUCGGCUCGCUCGCUCUCAUCAUCCUGGAUCUUGCGACGUCGGGAAGAGGUGGAAUCGCAACCUUCAUCGGCGUGUGUACGGUUGUGGCGGUGUUCGGCGUCGCGGAAGGUCACGUCGAAGGUGCCAUGACCGGGGACCUGUCCUUGAUGUGCCCGGAGUUCAUACAGUCAUUUUCUGCUGGCAUGGCUGCAUCGGGCGCAAUAACGUCGGCCCUGAGGCUCGUUACAAAAGCGGCCUUCGAGAAAUCCAGAGACGGCCUUCGCAGGGGAGCUAUGUUGUUCUUCGCUGCGUCAUGCUUCUUCGAGCUGCUGUGCGUCGUGCUGUACGCCCACGUCUUCCCCAAGCUGCCAAUAGUGAAGUUCUACCGUGCAAAGGCGGCUUCCGAGGGAUCUCUGACGGUCGCCGCCGACCUUGCUGCCGCCGGCCUCCAAAGACACCCAAAACCAUCGGCUGAAGACGGCCCAGCCAUCCCUGAACGUUUGAGCAACAGGCAGCUCCUGAUGCAGAACAUUGACUACGCCUUGGACAUGUUCCUCAUCUACCUGCUGACGCUGUCCAUCUUCCCAGGGUUUCUCGCCGAAGACCUCGGAUCACACAGUCUGGGCUCCUGGUAUGCGCUGGUGCUGAUCGCGACCUACAACGGCUCGGACCUGAUCGGGAGAUACGUGCCUCUGGUGGAGGGCAUCAAGGUGACGUCUCGGAGAGGACUGCUGGCCGCGGUGCUCGCCCGGUACCUGCUCCUCCCGGCGUUCUACUGCGCCGCCAGGUACGGAGGGGAGGCCUGGAUGAUCGUCCUCGUAUCGGCUCUGGGACUCACCAACGGGUACCUGACGGUCUGCGUCCUGACCGAGGCGCCCAGACCCUACAAGGGGCCAGAACAGAAUGCUCUCGGAAACCUGCUCGUGUUUUGCCUCUUGGCAGGCAUAUGUUUAGGCGCUGUCCUUGACUGGCUGUGGCUCAUAGGCAAAGGAUGGUGAUCAAACCCAUGGCCCGCAUGUCAUCCAGACUUGUUCCAGAUUGAAAAGCACUUUUCAUCUUUCCUCUUCUUUCUUUUCUUAUUCCUUUUUGGUGUUGGUGCUCUUUCCUGCAAGGGGGCUGCAACUAGUUGGAGCACCAAGCACCUGCAGGCAAAUAGGUGAUCACGGUUUUUCUGCGCCUUGAUUGUUGUUCCACUUUCGAUGUGUGUUCACGCUGCCCUUUUAUUUAGGUUCAAUCUUAUUGCAUUUUGGUUGUCAUAGCUUUGUUCAUUAUAGACGUAUGACUAUAUCCGGAAUUUAAAACUCUGGAAAGAUGCUGAAUGUAUUAAUCGAU